AUGGGAGAUGACUUUGUUUCUGUUGAACAUCUUGUUUUGGCAUUCCCUUUGGAUAAGAGGUUUGGAAAGCAAUUGUUCAGCAACUUGCAGUUAAGUGAGAAGUCAUUAAAGGAUGUUGUGCAAGUUGUUCGUGGAAGUCAGAAAAAUGAUGAGGUUAUAUGGCAAGUUCUCAGGCAUAAACACUGCAGUUAUAUGGCCAACUCAUGUCCACUAGCCAAUAGUCGUUAUGCAACCAUCCGUGAUCAUGAUGGAGUCUUUUACUUGUAUAUGAAAACCAUAGAGAGAGCUCAUAUGCCAAACAAGCUAUGGGAAAGAGUGAAACUGCCUCGCAAUUACGAAAAAGCCCUUGAAAUCAUCGAUAAAAAUCUGAUGUAUUGGCCAAAGUUUCUUGUACACAAGGCAAAACAACGGGAAAAGAUAAUGACAACUCCAAGAAAGAAAAAGAAGAGAGAAGCUAGAAGAGAGGAAAAGGCUGAAAAGGCAGCAGUAUUGGACAAGAAUAUCGAAAAGGAAUUGUUGGAGCGUUUAAAAAAUGGAACUUAUGGUAGUGAGAUAGUUAAUGCUCAUGCUGAAGCAUUUAAUAAGUUUAUUGAACAAUUUGAGGGACCAGAAAUGGAUGUUAAUGAAGAGUAUGAGGUGGAAACGGAAUUUAUUGAAGGCGAGUAUGAAGAGGAAGAUGAUAUGGAGGAUUACAAUGGUCUUCCAACCGGUUCCGAUGUGGAUGAUGAAGAUGAAGAUGAUGAUGAUGAUGAUGAUGAUGAUGAUGCUGAGGUGGCAGUAGAUAGAAAGAGAGGAAGGAAAGAUUCCAAAUAUGCUUUGAAGAAACAGGAGAGAGAUGCUAAGAAGAAGAAGGGAAGAGUACUUGUUGAGGUUGCUGCAAAAGUUGCAAAAGGGGAACUAAACUCUGCAUUUGCCAUUGUUAGACCUCCAGGACACCAUAGUAUUAACAAGAUACUAAUUGUUGAUUGGGAUGUUUAUCAUGGAAAUGGUACUCAAAAGACUUUCUAUAAAGACUCCCAAGUGUUGUUCUUCUCUAUACACAGGGAUGAGUAUGGGACUUUUUAUCCCUGUGGUGAUGAUGGAUCAUAUGACAUGAAGGGUGAUGGAGAAGGUGAAGGAUACAAUAUAAAUGUUCCAUGGGAGAAUGGAAUAUGUGGUGAUGCAGAUUAUAUUGCAGCAUGGGACCAUAUACUGAUCCCUGUUGCAAGAGAAUUUAAACGUGUUCAAUCAAAUAUUGGUGCCAAAAAACAUGCAAUUGUGAUGGACACAUGCAACAGAUAUCUCUAG